UUCGCUGGACCGCGCUGGGGCGGACAGAGCUUUUGGCCGGACGCGGCGGCGGCGGCGCAGGCUGCGACUUGGGCUUCUGUCUUCUCUGCUGCUCGCCUUUCCGCCCCGCCCCGCCGCUGCUCUCUAUGCGCGCCGCGCUGCCCUCAUUGCUGCUCUCUUGCGUGGUGGCGGCCGCUGCGCUCACGGCAGCUCUUGUCCCUGUUCUUUGCCUCUGGUUGUGUUGGUGAGGAUAUUACAGUGAUGUCUGCAUUCAACCUACUGCAUUUGGUGACCAAGAGCCAGCCAGUGGCCCUGCGAGCCUGUGGGCUUCCCUCAGGGUCAUGUAGGGAUAAAAAGAAUUGUAAGGUGGUCUUUUCCCAGCAAGAACUGAGGAAGCGGCUGACACCCUUGCAAUACCAUGUUACUCAGGAGAAAGGGACUGAAAGUGCCUUUGAAGGAGAAUACACCUACCACAAAGCUCAUGGAAUAUACAAAUGUGUUGUUUGUGGAACUCCUUUGUUCAAAUCAGAAACAAAGUUUGACUCCAAUUCAGGUUGGCCUUCAUUCUUUGAUGUGAUUGCUUCUGACACCAUUACAUUCACUGAUGACUACUCCUUUGGGAUGCACAGAGUUGAGACAAGCUGCAGUCAGUGUGGUGCUCACCUUGGUCAUAUUUUCGAUGAUGGACCUCGUCCAACUGGUAAACGAUACUGCAUAAAUUCAGCAUCGCUGUUGUUUGAGCCUGCAGACAAGAAAAAUGCUGGAGAAGGAAGCUCCAGUUCUACUUCUGCCCAACCAGGGAAGACAGAGCUGUAGCAGGAAGAAAACUUGGGUUCCUAGACGACUAUAAAGAAUGUGCUUCUAAAUUGCCUUCUAUCUUAUAUGUUUUUAAACAAACUUGCAAAGAUAAUCUGCACUAUCAAUUUUUUCUGUAUCAAAAUAAGGCCUUGUGUGUCAAUGUAUUUUUGUUAAAUAACCACACCUAAAUAAUUGUUGACUUCUCUGCAAUGGGGAAUCCCAUUACAAAGGAGUCUUGGCACUACGGGUUGUUAAUUGCCUUGUACUCUUUUGUUAAAAUAGAUUUGAAUAUUAUCUCUCUUCCUUUGUGGGGUAGAAGGUUACAAUUCACAUUAGUCUAUGAAGAAUUGUAGUAUAUCUUACUACUGAAAUUGUUCUGUUCUGAUUUAUAUGUUAUGUGUAACCCACCCUUGCUCUAUAAGCACCCACCCUUCCAUAACGAAAGGCUCAGACUUCUGCCAAAAUCUCAAAAUUGUAUUUAUGUUUAAGCAAAGAGUACAUAACCUACCCUCCACUCCUGCAGCUGAGGUACUACAUUUUAAUCAAAACAAUGAGCUUCCUUUUGUUAGGACUGGCCAAAGCAGAUAGCAGACAUUUGUCCUUCUGUGUAUCUAUGGUUUCCCAUUUCAACAGUUCAAGUUACAAUCAGGAUUUAAAUGAAUGUGGAUAGAGAUUGGUUUACUUUAGGCAGCAGUGGCCAGAGCCUUAGGGGCCAGCUCCAGCUGACAGAAGUGGAGGAACACUAUUUGUUGUAGGUCACUUGUUUUACCAUUCCCCUAAUGAGGUCCUGCAAAACAGCAAAGCAUCAUCUUCACUGGAGAGCCAAAGAGGAUGCACAGGGUGGUCUGAACUAGCUGUUUUUGUGGGUCAUGUUUCAGAGCAUGCAGCAAACAACUGGUGCAGCUUUAUACAGCAUCCUUGGCCAUGUUGCUAAUUAGCGUUCCACUUUUGUCCUGGGAAAGUUAAAGCCUCAUUAAAGAUGUACAGACUUUACUAAAAGCCCUCUUACAGUGUUUGGGCAAGCAUGACAAAGGAUGCCGUGCCUUUUCUCCUUGCGAAUAAGUGGGAGUAGGCCAUUGUACCUACACAUGGACGAAUUUACAGCAAACGUGUUACUCAGAGAAAAUCAUCUGGCCUUUGCUAUCUUGCUGUUCUUCAGCUUCUGCAUGGGUGCAGCCCUUGUCUUCUCGCACAUGUACAGCAGAUGCACAAAGAGUGCUUCCAGAACAAAGAGGGGCAAACCAAUCAAUAAGAAAUGCAGCAAGGAGCAGUCAUAUCCAUAGAAAGAGCGAGUGGCAUAAUGAGGAGAGAACGUGUUUUCAAUUUAAAUUUGUCCCAGUGUCCUUAUUGAGAUGAGAAUAGUUUUUUAAGUCUUGGAAGGAAAUUGCUACUUUGUGCUGAAAUGCUCCUUUUUACAUUGCAAGAGGUCUGGCGCAACGGCUCUAUGCAUUGCCUUUAAGUAGUAUAUUUAGCAGUAAUUCAGGAUAGCUGCUUUUUCUGACCUAUAGGCACCACAGCACUGAUCAAGAUAAUUUUGUCAUGCAGUACUCGAUAUAUAACUUACUACCUGAAGUUUCUUAACACUGAAGUCCUAUACAAUAGAUUAGAUGUACUUACUACCUUUUUAGCCUUACAGCUAAAAGGAGCCUUUACAGCCUUACAGCUCAAAGGAGGCACACCAUAGGCUAAUAAAUAUCAUAUAGAACUGAACACUAGACAGAUGUAGAAUGUCAGAAUGCAUCCAUAUUCAUAACAAAACCUUUACUUUUGUUAGCAUCACUCUCAUUUCAGCAGUUCUCUCAUUUCAGCAGACUUCCAAAUAUAGUGGCAGCAUGAUUUCUGUCUGUCCCAUUGUUGGAAUUUCAUUUUUGUUUCUGUUUUCAGAAGGCCUGUUCUUAUUUCUUUGUUGGAAGAAAAUUGAGUUUUCUCCUAUUACAUUUGUUGACAUAAAUCUUUAAUAAGCUAUAUCAAUAAAUAUUUGGGACAUGUAGAGUUUACUUUUCAGAUCACAGUUGUAGUUAAUGGUUAUCAAGUUUCUGUAUAUUUCUGUCUUGCAUUAAAGAAAUGUAUCACUAAAACUUCAGUGAGCAAUAAUGUCAGCUGUCCAUUGGUCAAUUUAUAUUUGGAGGAUAUGGAAUGCAAUGAACAAAGUCAGUAUGGUGAGGUGUAUGCGAUCGGUUGGAGUCUAACACCAUUAACAUAGAAAAGGCAUUGUUCUUUCUCUGUACCACAACACUGAGAAAUGUUUUUUGCUAUGAAUGCCAGCAGUGGAUACAAGCAUGACUGAUAUUGCAAAGCCCAAAUACUGGUCUCUUUGUUUAUGGACUCAAGAAAGAUUGUUGGAAGUUGAGCACAAUAUAUUGCUUGGAAGUCUAUUGCUAUAUGUCUACAUUGUAUUGUGUGAAUGUGAAUAACUACUGAAUGCAAAUUAUAUCAAAAUAGAGCACUCUACUUUAUAAUAUAUCUAUAUUAUAUAGAAGUUUGAGAAUCAUAUAUUGCAGAGUAUAUAAAGAUAUUUUAAAGAAAGAGAAAAAAAAUAAUGAUUAUUUUAGCAAAUAGCAUUUUAAAUAUUUGAACUUUUCCUUGGAAUUGCUCUUUGCUUUCAAGGUAUCAGUGUUGGAUUUUUCAAUGAAGAUAUCUUUUAAUAUAUUUGUUGUACUCAGAUAAGCAAUAAAUUAAAUUUAUAAAGAAA